AUGGUGCACGCCCUUGCAAUCCAAUCAAAGGGUGUGCCCAAGGACCGCGCCAAGAUCCUUUUCGCCUCAGGCAACUUCUGGGGCCGCACCAUGAGCGCCAUAUCGGCCUCCACAGACCCCUCCAGCUACGCCGGCUUCGGCCCCUACAUGCCCGGCUUUGAGGUGAUCCCCUACAACGACCUGGAGGCCCUGGAGGCAAAGCUCAAGGCUGACUCGAAUAUCGUGGCUUUCAUGGUGGAGCCCAUCCAGGGGGAGGCGGGUGUCAUCAUCCCGCAGGAGGGCUACCUGUCAAAGGCUCACGCACUGCUCAAGGCCCACAACGCGCUGCUUAUCGCAGACGAGGUGCAGACCGGCCUCGCCCGCACAGGCAAGAUGCUCUGCCAGGAGUGGGACGGCGCGAGGGCUGACAUCACGAUUCUAGGGAAGGCCCUGUCUGGCGGGAUGUACCCAAUCAGCGCUGUGCUGGCAGACGAUGACAUCAUGCUGACCAUUGGCCGCGGCCAGCAUGGCAGCACCUAUGGCGGCAACCCCAUCGCCGCCGCAGUCGGCAAGGCGUCGCUCGAGGUGCUGGUCGAGGAGCGGCUCGCGGAGAAGGCGGACACCCUGGGCCGCGUCCUGCGCGAGCGCCUGCUCGCCAUCCCCUCAGACCGCGUCAAGGCCGUCCGCGGCCGCGGGCUGCUGAACGCGCUCGUGGUCGCUCCUCGCGACGGCGUCGGGGCGUGGGAGGUGUGCAUGGCGCUGCGGGAUGCUGGGCUGCUCACCAAGCCGACGCACGGCGAGGCCGUCCGGCUGGCGCCGCCGCUGGUGCUGUCAGAGAAAGAGCUCCAUGAGGCUGCUGACAUCAUCGAGAACACCUUGCUCUCUUUCGACCGCGCGUGA